AAAGAUGCAAGUAAAUUUGUAUUCACAAAUAUUUUAGUAAGGAAAAGUCAUUGUUUCAGAAAUCAUGCCUGGAAAGGUUAAAGUACGGAUCAUUGCUGGCCGCAAUCUUCCUGUUAUGGACAGAGCGGCUGACACCACUGAUGCCUAUGUUGAAGUUAAGCUUGGAAAUGUUACCCACAAAACUGAUGUCUUCAGGAAAAGCCUCAACCCCCAAUGGAAUUCAGAAUGGUUUCGAUUUGAGGUGGAUGAUCAUGAUCUUCAAGAUGAGCCCCUACAGAUCCGCCUCAUGGAUCAUGACACUUACUCUGCAAACGAUGCCAUUGGGAAAGUUUAUGUGGACUUGAACCCUCUCUUGUUACCUCCACCGUUGCCUGUUUUAGGUGCAACCACACUAACCAGCAAACACUUGAGUCACGUACUGUCAUCGUCAAGUGGAGUGCCAGGCGUCCAUGAGAGCAGCUCAGCGCCGGUCAUCCCGCCUCCUCAACCUGCGGUUGCCUCCAUUGCUCAUCAAACUGCAGGUGCUGCCGUGAUGUCAGGCUGGCUGCCAGUCUACGACACCAUGCACGGGCUCAGGGGCGAGGUGGCUGUCACCUGUAAGGUUGACCUCUUCUCUGACUUCAACAGAUUCCGACAGUCGUCAUGUGGCGUACAUUUCUUCUUCAGUCCCGAGAUCCCGGACACGUUCUCGUGCCAGCGCGUGGUAGGGCUGGUCGAGGAGCUGGUCAAGAACCACGACCCAGAGUACGAGUGGAUAGACAAGAUCAGAUCUCCGCGCGCCAGCAACGAGGCCAAGCAGACGCUCUUCUGUAAACUGUCGGGCUUGUUGCAGCGCAAGAUCGGGCUUAAGGUGCUCGACAUGGGCGGCAAUGCCGUGCUGGGUUACCGGCAAUGUUUUGACCUGGAGGGAGAGUCCGGUAUUGUGGUGCGGGGUCUUGGCACUGCCGUUGUCCUAACUCCUGCCGCUGCCAUCACCAUCACUAGUACCAACCAUCACCAUCUACACCACACGUCUGCCACCAUCGCGUCAUCUCACGCGGCCGCCUUCACACAUCACUAUCAUCAUCACCAUCCUGGUGGUGCGGGCGCUCCUAAGCAGAUGUCAUCACCGCAAGGCAUCACCUCGGCGCAUCACAAUCAACAGCGUGCUAGGGGUCAGAGCUACGCGUCCGGUCAUACAGAACCACGUUCAUCGCCCGCACUGCUGGAGGCUGACAUGAAUUUGAUCCCGCGCUGCCACUCGUUUUCUCAGUCUCCAGUGACAUCGCCGGCACCAAAUAGAGCAAGUCCCACCAGGAGUGCUAAGUCACUUUCGUUUGAGCCUGAAAGUUCAGAGAAUGACUGUAUAUUUUGUGCCUUUGAGAGGCAGGGCUACAUGUUCAAUCCAGUAGCUGAGAGUCCUCUCUCAGAUGUCUUAGCUUACACCACAGAUUUCGGUCAAAUGCGCAGUCGCAUGGCAUAUGAGGCUUCUGGUCUUGCAUCAUCCAGCCGUGACGGCAGCUGUCAAGAAUAUCGUUCUAAUAGCUCCCCCGCCCUUCGUCAUGCCAUCAGCAUGCAGCAACGUUUAUCCGAUCACCAUCUUAGAGUGUGUCAGCCUGCUGCCCAGAAACGGCAACGGUCGCCACGAGGUCUUCACCACCAUCACCAUCAUCAUCAUCAUCAUCAUCAAGGAACAGAGAACGCUGUGAUGAUCUCAGGCAAGCGAUCAUUUGACUACUCAAACAAGGGCAUGCCCAAGGGCUUAUUGAGCAUUCCUCGGCGCCUGAUGAAGAGCCUCACGAGCCUCUCGGCAAAGGAUGACAAGAAUGAUGAGAGGCCCGCGAGCCCAUCGAUUUCAUUCUUGCCCCAGAAAGUUUCUUUUGAUCGCUCACCCAACAGAGCCUCUCCUACAUUGGAAACGAAUGAAGAAGACCUUCAUAGCAAUGUGGAUUAUUUUCAGUACCAGCGAAAAGAUGAUCAAGCCAAGUCAAAAUUGACUGAAUUAGGCGAAACCUCUCUAGCUCAAAUUGCCGAAGAAUGUGGAAUUUUUUCUGCUAACGAACAAGAAGAGAAGAAAGAAUUGCAAUCGUGUACUCGAGACCACGGCGCCACAUCAGCUGAUUCUACCGCUAGCUUGCUUCACACGAGCGAAGAAUCUGCUGACUCCUCGUCUGACGAUAAUAGCGUUGAGGAUGCCGCCGAAGACUCUCCUGUCACCGAGCCCUCGGCAGCGUUGUCUGAUGGCUCAGGUUCGAAGCACCGACGAUCCUGGAGAAAGCGUUUGCGGGCCAUACAAAUGAAAGUCAGACGCAGAAUUUCAUUAUCAGGUGUUAUCCUCAACUUGAGCUUGAGUAAGUCUGGCAGCAAAGGCACAGGUCCAAGUGAGGUCUCCAAAGAAGCCCGGAGUCGCCGACUUGCCCGCUCAAAAUCGGAGCCAAAUAUUCGCCUGGGUAAUUUUUUAGUGGAUUGGUUUGGUCCAGCCUUAGAUGAAAGUUUAGACUCAGGCUCGGAAUCUGUAUCUGAAGUUUCAGGUACCGAAUCGGAUUUGACGGACAAUGAAAGGGUUCGUGGGGGCAUCCCAAAUGAUCUGAGCUGCGUCAUGUCUGCUGAUGACGACGAGAAGUUGAGUCUUUUUGAAGAGUACAUGAAGCGUCAGAAGAAAGACCCCUUAUACAACUUCUAUCUGGGUGAUGAAGACGACGAUGAUGAUGCUCUCAAUGGAUCACUACCUGAUAUCACUCUCGAGCCUUCAUCUCCUCAGUCAACUGUCGCUCCUGACGAGCUUCUUGCGGGAACCAUGAAAGCUGCUUCAGAAAUUACUCCGGAAACUAUGUGCUCUACAUCCCUCGAUCGAAAACCUGAAGGCAACACAUUUGAAAAAGAGCCUUGUCAAGAAAUUAAUGCACAUAACCCGCAACGUCCCGCAGAUGUGAAGGAAGCAAUGGAACUCAGCGCUUCAUCCCAAACUCCAACGCUAUCCAGGAGCUCGCCCCUGCCCUCCCAUCCUGCAGUGUCCUGUAGCGUCGCUACGGCCCCUCCUGCUGCUACUCUUGGAGGUGCUGCUGUGAUUUCACCUCACGGUGCCUCUGGGGUGACCUCAGCUGCGAACACCUCAGGGGUGACCUCUGCGAACGCCUCCGGUGUGACCUCGGUUGCGAACGCCUCAGGGGUGACCUCGGUUGCGAACACCUCAGGGGUGACCUCAGCUGCAAACGUCUCAGGGGUGAUCUCAGCUGCGAGCGCCUCUGGGGUGACCUCAGCUGCAAACGCCUCCGGUGUGACCUCAGCUGCGAACGCCUCAGGGGUGACCUCAGCUGCGAACGCCUCCGCGUUGAAUAACGCUUCACAAAUUGACGGCUGGAAGAAAUCUGCUCUCCAGGAUGGUGCGGAGAAAGGAAGCCCAGUUUGCAGUUCUGAAGAUUACGAACUUUCAAAUUUGUCUAGCUCUGAGAAUUCUAAAAACUGUAUCAUCAAGAAUAAACCAGAAAAAUCUCAAGGUAAAAUAACAAAACAAAGUGCUGUAGACAACAGAGACGACGCUUUGAAAGCAAAUGGGUACCUUGUGGAGAACGGACCACAUGGAUGUGAGAGCUUACAGUGCACGGCAGAGAGCCGUAAGAUCCAGCGCACUGCAACUGUCAUUGAGCAAGAGACCGUUGAACUGCAAGUGAAAGUCGAGACGAGUUCUACAGAGACCGAACCAAAUAAGCGCUGCAUGGCUGACCCUCCGACUACAGAAGCGUGCGACACAUCCAACGUCUUGACGGAUGUUGCUGCCAUGGAUGGCUUGGAGCCUCUAGCCACGCCUGAUACCCCGCCUGCCACGACACACAACGCCAUGAUCAACCUGCCACAUGCUGAAGCUACCACCGUCAACAACCACCGUGCAGUUGCUGCGCAGCCUCGCGCUAACAGCUCUCAUGUGCCUGCGUCUGAGAGCGGCUCCGAUAAUGAAGGAGUGUCGGCCAAACCCUGGACAGGUGUGAGCCCCAGCAACCCCUUCUUCAGCGGCGUGCAUGUGGGCAGCGGCGUGGGGGCGUUCGUACGAAGACCUCUCAUCUCACACGAGGCUCUCGCCAUGCUCAAGUAUCCUUUCUUCACCAUGACUAACUUCCCGACUGGCUUCAUCCUACGCAUCGACCUCUCGUCUCACGCCCCUAUGGUGAGUGGUACACUGAGUGGUGAGUGGUACACUGAGUUCACCACCAUCUGCCCCAUAUUCAAUAUCCCCAUGUCCCGCAGCGACGAUGUAUGCAUUUUGAACGUGAGCGGCACCGCCGCGAUCGUGAGCGUGUCCAACGAAUCGCUCCUGACGGGAGGGUUCGACGAUUACGGACCAUCAGGGUACUUUUACGGUCACCAUCCCGUGCACCAGUACCCUGGUCCUGUGCACCACAGCUCUUCCUUUGAGAAAAAGGAAACUGAUGCUCCUUCCCAGGCUCAGGUGGGGGGCAGCGGGAGGCCGCGGGUGUCCAGCCCCCGCCCCAUCAGGCGGUCUCGUGGUGGAAGUCUGCGGUGCCGGCAGACGAGCGUGAGCGAAGACGGCGAUAUAGCGCUGGGGGGCAGCGCUGGCACCCCACACAGGACGCAGGCAGCUGUUGCCGCAGGCGUUGGUAUGGCUGAGCCCCUCUGUUGCGUGUGUCACUCGCCCUUCGCUGACGCCGCCGAGCUGCCAUUCAAAGUCGCCAUCAGCAAGUGUGCGCUCUGCAAGCACGGCAAAGUGACAGACAUAUUAUUGGCCACCAUAGAGCCACCGCCAGGGAUACCCAUCACAGGUCGCGGUUGCCUGGUGCAGGCGCGGGUGUUCAAGCACCGACGAGACCUCAAGGGCGAGGCCUUCGCUAAGGAGGUGUCGGAUGCUCUGCCCUUCGUAGAGUACGAGAUCACCAAGCUUAUCCUCAACAAAGUCAGGAUCGCCGGCAUGAACGCGAUCUUCGGGCUGCGCGUGCGGCUGAGUCUGGGCGAGCGUCUGGUGGUGGCGGUAGCGUCGGGCACAGCUGUCUUCCUCACCGCCCUCCCGCCACCUCUCGCCCCUCAGGUUGUGGUUGACAGCAACGAGGGUGAGGAGGUGAGACGACACUGGCAGCAGCGCCUGAGCAGCGUCAUGCGCGCCAACAGCGAACACUACGGCGUCCUGCCUGAGAAGAAGAGUCAGCGUAGACGUCCCAGCAGCCGUAAUGCCUCUGAGCUCUGGACUCAGAGCUCUGACUCAGAGGACGACGAUGCCCCUGGUGGCUCAGCGGACACUGAGCUCUUCCCUCAGGGCACGCCGCACUCUGGACCACCGCUGGAUAUUGACUUCAGUGCCGGCAACAAAGAGGCUUGUCUCUUUGAGCUGGACGACAGCGAGGACGCGGAGAUGGCAACGCUGCUGGUGAACUCGAGCCGCCCCUCGCCGCUGCGCCCCCUCAUGGCCACCACCCACACCGUGCCCGGCCUGCCCAUGAGCGCUGAGAGCUGCGUGGGCAACAUCCAGACGUUCACAAAGGUGUACAGGGAGAGCUUUGCUUCAAACACCGCCCUCACUCAGACUGUCUUCAACGCUUACUUCGAUAACGUGAUCGAGAGCAUCUGCUUCCGCGCACGCAAGAUGCAGCCAUGCGUCAUCACAGGACUGCGUUUCGACGUCACCAUCCCUGAAGAAGAUGAACUACAGAUCAGCGUCCUGGGGGCAGUAAUACGACUGCCACCUCCUACUUUGCCUCCACAAAUUUCUUCCUCUUCAUUGCCUCUGCCGGAGGACCCCAAAGCUCUGCCUCAAUCAUUGGGUUCUGGAGGCCGUGAAGUUAAAAGUUUCACCCGCACAAGCGAUAAUAAAAUUGUGAAGACAUCUGUGUGCGUCAAGGCAGUUGCCAGCCAGCGACAGGCAACUGACAUGGCUGUCGUCAAUGGUGUUCAGAGCGUCAAGCGAACGAGUAAUCGCAACUCUUUGCACGAACACGAGGAAGGCGAGCUCAUCUUCAGGAUGGAGGAAGUCACAGACCGCACUCCUAAGAAGUCCACUGCACUUCCUCCAACGGCCGAAGACGGAAGCAGUGGAGGUGGUACGCAGUCGCACUCUGGGCGCAAGAUCACCUACGCGUCAUCAUCGAGCUCCUCCUGCGGCAGCACCUCCAGACCUCUCCUGCAACACCAGGCGCGUCUACACGGCACGCCGUCGCUGAGCUCUGAGCUGUCUAGCGCGUCUGUGUCGUCCGGCUACUCCGUCUCCCGUCUGUCCUUCUGUCGCACCACCGUAGCCGCGUCGCAGGAUCACGGCGGGAGUAACGGCUGCUCUGAGGGCUGGCAGGGCGUGUGCAUCUCACCGCUGCCCUUCGUGCCCGGCGCGCGCAUCGAGGGCCAUCUCGGCAACCUCAACUUCUUUUUCAUCAGGGAAAGCACCUGCAUUAAAGAGAGCGGCGGAGUGUCGGUGUUCGUAGGCAGCCUCAUGACGGAGAUCCUGGGCGUAGUGCGCGCACACGUCGCGGCUCUCGGUGGCAACGCUGUCACCUCCUACUUCAUGGCCGAGUGUAUCCUUGAGGUCAACCCGCAUAAGAACCAGGGUCAGUGCCUUAUCAACGUAGGGGGCGACGUUGUACAGACGAUCUCUUCGAUUGGUGCCGCUACCACCACGAAUGCCUCAGUUGCUGCCUCGAGCUCCACCACUGCUACGGGCACCACUUCUGCCACGGGUAUCACCGUAGUCACGGGUACCACCGCAGCCACGGGCACCACCACUGCCACGGGUACCAUACCAGUCAUGGGUACCACAUCGGCCACGAAUUUCACCCAGGGGUAACACUUCUGCCAUAGUCUCCGCUAGUGCAUCUGCUGCCGUUCUAUCUUUAAAAAAAGUGAGAGUUUGUAACUGCGGGCGUUUUAGCUCGUGGCUCAUAACUGUUAGCUGCCCAUUUCGUGGCUUUAAAGUGCCAUUUGACUGCAUAAGUGGAAGUUGUCUCAAGUGUCAAUAAUUAUAUCUCAAUUCUAAAGUACUUUAACAUUAUAAUAUAAUGCGUUGUAGUUUUGUUGUUAUUGUUAUAAAACACUAAUAUUUAUGCUAUUAUUCCGUUAUCUCUGUGUUGCGGCUAGCAUAUCUCAUAAACUAAGGUUGGUUAUUAGUUGAAUUCUAGCUCGGCACGUUAAUCAUGUCAUAAGAUUUGUUAUAUUUUGUGGUGGUCAACUGUGAUCGAUGUUCUCUUGUCAGUUCUCAUGCAUGCGUGACGAAUUUGCUCAAUUCUGCUCCAUAUUUGUAGCAAGCAAGUUGAGAUUCCCUGGAGUUUUCUCUAAAGCCAAUUCGUUAAUUUUCAAUUUUAUGUUGUACUUUGUGUUUUAGUAAAGACGCGUAUUUUUUAUAUUUUUUGCCAGUAAUUACCGUAUAUCUCUACGUUCAUGAUUGUUGUCAUUUUUAAUUUUCUGUCUUUGUUUGCUUGACUCUUGAACUGCCGUAUAUCUUGUUUGCCAAUCUUCAUAUACAGGGAGAUAACAUUUUGUUUUAAACGCGAUAACCGUACAGUUGAAUUUCAUCUUCAAUUGUUUGCCACUGAUUUCGUUUAUAAUAUCGUAGUUUCAUUCAUACAUCUCGCGUUCACAAGACAUCAAUACUUUUAUAUCUAAACUAAUGACUAGUGCCAAGAUGGGUAAUAAAUAGUCACCUAUUGUCUGAGGGUGAGUGUGAGAUUAAGAAGCGUUGCCUUAGGAUGUCGUGUUUUUAGUGCUAAAUCAAAUUGUUAAUUUUUUUUAAUUAUUAUGCCCGAGUCUCGCUCUUUUUUCUAUAGUAAAUUGCUGUAAUUGCGAUUGUUCAAGUGUGCUUGUAAGAAUCUCCUUCUGGUAAUUUGUCUAAUUUUAAAAAUUUCGGAAAGUAUUUGCACAUCUCUGGCUGGAGAUUCCGUGUUGUAUGUAAUUUACAUCUGCAGGUCUCAGAGGGUGCUUGCGUGUUGGAGGCAUGCGUGGCAUGAAGAAUUAUCGUAUACGAAAUACUGCGUGCUUGUGAACGUGGUAUUUAGUGGUGCGUUAUGGUUUUUCUGUUGUUUGUAAUGCCAUGGACAUUGUAUUCUAGUCCUUUAUUCGCGGUAAUGAUGUGUUGGCAUGUUGAGGUGAGUGCGUUCCCGUGUUAGAAUAUUAUUCAAAUCGUGUUCUUUUCUCGAUACGAUGUGACCGCUCAGUUUCUCAAGUCUAUCGUCAGCUAAACUUAUAAUGCGGAAGCUCUGUUGCUAAUCUCUUUAUGCAUGUUUGUUUUCCUUGAAUUGUGAUGACAUAAUAAUAUGACCAUAUGUUAUUCAAUUCAUGAUAAUAUGUUAUCAUGCACUUCACGAUAUUAUGAAUUGGGAUUCGCCAAAAAGGGAAAUUAAAAUUUUACUAUCAAUUGUGGCACUUCGGUAAGGAAUUUCCGAUUUUAGAAAGAAAUUAGAGUUCAGUCUCGUGUUUUAGCGAAGAGUGAUUUUACCGGUAUGUUCGUAAUGGCAGCCGACGAAGAGAUGAAAACUCUAAUGUCUGUCAAAAUUUACUUGUCUUAAUUCUAAUACAAUGUAAAUUGAUUUUUAUAAAUUUCUUUAAUCAAUUAAUUAAUAAUCAAUUUCUUUUGAUCCAUUUUAUUUCCAUGAUGCUAAUGCUAACAAACGGAUGUAAAUUGUCGCUUGAUUAUAAUCAGUUAGGUUAAUUUUUGUAUUCUUAAAAUCAUGUUUCCCUCACUAUGGAGUGUUCGCCCUGUGCUUAUCUCAGAAUAAAUUAAUACUUGUAAGUCAUGUUUUUAUUUAAUGUUUGCCAUAAAUAACCUUUUUUUUAGCCCGUGCGUUGCCAUUUUUCAGAGCUAGCUUAUUGUGAAGUAAUUUUGAGGAGGUAUACACGAAUAACUCUUAUGCGUUAAAAUGUAUGAUUUUAUAUGGACUGCGCGUAUUGUUGCAUUUAUUUCUGUAUCCUUGAAAACUAUUACAAGUCAUGCACUUGCCAGCUCAUUGAAAAAUAGUUUAAGAUCCCCUUGAAACAUGUACAAAUUUUCGUUAGUUCGUGCUUAAUUUAUUUACAAUUUGCAUUCGUAAAUUCACGUGUUCGAUGUUGAUGGAAAUAUGACGCCGCUGAUUAGCCCUGUUUAGUUCAAAUAUUCAGUUAAAUUUUUUUAAAAUAGUAAGUCAAGAGUUAUUCCGACGCUCAGAUUUUAUAUUGUGCCUUCAAGUAAUUGAACAUCGAACCUCAAGUUUCACGUUGCAGAUUCUGUGCAUCACUAGAGUUUGAAUGCAACCAUCGCAGACCAGUCUUGUUAUGGUCAACUUGGGCAGUCGUUACUAUCGCUAGGACAGAAGACAGUAAAGAUUACUGGUCUUCAUUUUGGUGUCAUUGCAACUGUACGUUCAUUCACAUAUUACGUAUCUCAUGCAUUUACUAUGUUUUAUUGAAGUCUUCCAAUUAUGCUAGUUUUCUGCUGUUACUUAUCCGUAUUAUUCAGUGAUGUGACUGAGCCAUAUAAAUAAACUGUAUUUUAUGUUCAUUGCUCCAGAAAACACCGAUUAGGUUUUCGUAGAAGACUUUUAUUUUCAGUCACAAUUUUCUUUAGCUGUUCUACAUUUGGCUUGAUUUCAGUAUGGCUUCGAUCUACAUUUUAUUGUAUUUCAUUGCAUCAUUUUGUUUGUAAAAAAUACCCGUUCUUGUUAUACUUCCCUGCUGUCAUUUCAAUUCACUAUUGCAAAGUGUGAUGCAAGUAUUGCUAUUAAUUCAUUAUCGCGUACUUUUCAUAUUAGGUGCGUUGCUCGACUGUUACCAAUGAAGCUGUCUUGAACUGUCGCGUGCCAAAUGCUCAAGUAUCUUCACACCCAAAAUAGUGUUACGCUGCAUGGGAUCGUGCACUGUGUCAUUCACAGCAUAAAUUAUACUAUUAUUUAUAAUUAUUUGUGGCAGUAGAUCGAGGUCGUAUAAUUUAUAACAUGGACAUUGAGGCUGAUCUUGCCCAUAAUGCAUACCAACAGACCUCAUUCUUUUAGCAUUGUUAUGACUUUUUCAGUUUACAGGGACACUCGCUCGCAUGAGAGACGCUGACUCAACAGUCUCGGAUUGUAUUUAUACUUCGCUUUUCGGUUGAGUCAGUCGAGCUAGGACGACUGAAUUACUAUGAACUGAAUGUCACUCAUGUACCAUGAAAACAGAGUCAGAGUAUGGAAUAUCACAAUGAAUUCCUCGACCUAAAUCUCACUCAUUUAUUUACUUACGUAUGGUGUUUCUAGCCAUCUGUUCUCCUCGAAAUCGUGGUUUGCUGCGUACAUGACAUCAGGUUGUUAAUAGCAAUCAAAUGCUAAUGAUUUACCGUUAUCAUGCCAACAUUUGAUCUUGAUGAUUAUAUUUCUGUGGCAGACUCGAAUAAAUUCUUAAUAUAUUC